CGGACUUCCGGUUCCGGCGCGCGGGGCAGGGCGGGAAGUGCGAGAGGCCAUUAGAGCGCUGCUGCGGGCCGCACGUUGUGAGCUUCGUGCUAACGGGUAGAGCCGCGCCGCCGCUGGGAUGUCGAUCGGGGUGCCCAUCAAGGUGCUGCACGAGGCCGAGGGCCACAUCGUGACGUGCGAGACUAACACGGGGGAGGUGUAUCGGGGCAAGCUCAUCGAGGCCGAGGACAACAUGAACUGCCAGAUGUCCAAUAUCACAGUGACAUACAGAGAUGGGCGAGUGGCACAGCUGGAGCAGGUGUACAUUAGGGGUAGCAAGAUCCGGUUCCUCAUUUUGCCAGACAUGUUGAAAAAUGCUCCUAUGUUAAAGAGCAUGAAGAAUAAAAACCAGGGUUCGGGGGCUGGACGAGGCAAAGCAGCUAUUCUCAAAGCCCAAGUGGCUGCAAGAGGAAGAGGUCGUGGUAUGGGCCGUGGCAACAUUUUCCAGAAGCGAAGAUAACUUUGGACUGGACUGACUUCUAGGGGGUUUUCUUUUAGUAUUUGUGGACGAACUUUUUUUUUUUUUUAGUUUGUUACCGGUGCAAUUAAAUAAAUCUGUUUGUGACAAAACAGGCAUGUGUCUGUUGUGCAUCAGGAUGCCACUGUUGAAACAAUAGCUUUAUAGUGGCAAGUAUUGCACAGUGGUGCUGGAUUCUGAAAUAACUGCUUCAUUUUUAAACAGGUCUCCCUAACUUGGUUUUAUUUUUCUCACAGAUUCUGUCUUAAGUCUCAAAUGCUUUUUCCUGCAGAAUCCUGUUGCUGUCCACUGUAAAAGAAUUAAAACAUUUCACUCUG